CUCCUCCUGCCCCCGGUGCCUGUGGCCGGGUCUGUGCCGCUGCAGGAGGAGCUGAGCGAGCAGGACACUGAGUGUGCGGAGGAUCCGGGCCGUGCUGCCCCCCCCCCAGCCCCCUCCCGAAUCACGCCUCUGAUCCUGUGUGCCCUCCUCCCCCCUCCCUCAUCCUCCUGGACAGGGAAACUUGCUCAGCUCCAGGAUUAUCCACAAGGCAGAGGGAACUUUCCCAGGGCUGACAGGACAUGGCUGCAUCUGCUCCGGAGAGCCAGGGGAUCUAACAUAACUGCAUUGGGGAGACCCCUGUACCAGUUCCUCUAUGACCCAUCAUUAACCUUAGGGGGCUCCUGAUCCCCCCAUGCCCUUAUUUUAACAGUCUGAUAUUUUAUUCUGUGUGAGCUGGGACCUGAGCUCGUACUGAUCCUCUAACAUUUUAUUUUAUACAAAGAUUCUAUAUCUCUCUGCAUUCUGUCCAUUGGAACGUUAUGGCGAUGAAAGUGAGUGCCCCUGGCACAGGAAUCCUGCUGGUGACAGCCAAUGUGGGGACCCUGUUUGAUGAUACAGAAAACUUACAGAAGAACUGGCUCCGGGAGUUUUACCAGACUGUGCACUCCCAAAAGCCGCAGUUCCUGUCUUUGCACUGUCAGGAGGUUGGUGGGAAGAAUUAUGAAGCUUCCAUGUCUCAUGUUGACAAAUUUGUCAAAGAUCUUCUUUCAAGUGAUGCUAUGAAGGAGUACAACAGAGCACGAGUUUACCUGGAUGAAAACUACAAAUCCCAGGAAAACUUUACGGCCCUAGGAAGCUUCUACUUUCUUCACGAGUCUUUAAAGAACGUGUGCCAGUAUGACUUCAAAGCAAAAAAGUACAGAAAAGUCACUGGCAAAGAGAUCUAUUCAGACACACUAGAAAGUACCCCAAUGUUAGAAAAAGAAAAGUUCCCACAGGAGUUUUUCCCAGAGAGUAAAUCAUCUAGAAAAGGUUUUAUUCGAACGCGAUGGUGUAUAACUGACUGUGCCUUCGACUUGGUAAACAUUCAUCUUUUUCAUGAUGCUUCCAAUUUAGUUGCUUGGGAAUCCAGCCCAUCUACCUACUCAGGAAUACGGCAGAAGGCUCUUAGUUAUGUAUUAAAUAGUAUUACAGACCAUCGGUAUGAAAAAGUUCCGUACUUUGUUUUUGGAGAUUUUAACUUUCGACUGGAUUUAAAAUCCGUGGUAGAGACACUUUGUGCAAAAACAACAAUGCGAACUGUACAUGCAACAGACACGAAUGCAGUAGACAAGUUGAUAUUUUGUGAAUCCGAGAAUGAUCGCAAGGUCGUGCUACAAAUAGAAAAGAAGUUAUUUGAUUAUUUUAAUCAAGAAGUUUUUAGAGAUAACAAUGGCACUGCGCUUUUAGAAUUUGACAAGGAGUUGUCAGUCUUUAAGGACAGAUUAUAUGAACUGGACAUCACCUUUCCACCCAGUUAUCCAUACAGUGAAGACAGCAGUCAGGGAAAGCAAUACAUGAAUACACGAUGUCCAUCUUGGUGCGAUCGAAUUCUUAUGUCACACACUGCUAAAGAACUUCUUUUGAAGUCUGAAAAUGAUGAGCGAAUAGUGUUGUAUGACAGCAUUGGGCCAAAUAUCUGCAUGGGGGACCAUAAGCCGGUCUUCCUGUCCUUCCGAAUAGCCACUGGGGCAGGUAAAGCUAAUGCUCAAUCACACAAGUGUUGUGUCGUGCAGUGAUGUAGUGGGAAAAGAUGCCAGCACAUUGAAAAGAUCUAUCGGGAGACAACUUUGUGAGAGAGUCAGUGAGCAGCAUUAUCUGUUCAUUUCACCGCUGGGCUCAUGGACUCAACUUCUUAUAGCGACAUUUGUAAAAAUAAGGAUCGUCCACUAUAGGCUUCAGUAUCCCCACAAGUCUCACAUACCUCACUUUUUUUUGUAGUCAUUUAAUUCCCAAUGGAAAUGUGGAUAUAUAUAUAUAUGUGUGUUUCUAUGUAUAGAUAUAUCUAGAUAUAUCCAUCUCUCUCAAUGUAUGCGUGUUAAAAUAUAUAUACAUCUAAAUAUAUAUUUGUAUGUAUUAUGUGUUUAAAUGUGCAUGUAUAUAGAUAUAUCUAUAUAGAUUCACAUGUGUGUUUGUAUGUGUAUAUGCAUAUGUAUAUAUACAUGUAUAUUUAUACGCGCAUGCAUUUUUUGUUUUUAUAUUUUUUAUUUGUUUUGUUGGGGUUUUUUCACCGUUGUGUUGCCAAAAUAUUAGCAGACUGUACAUAUCGAAAGACUUCUUUUUGUUUCCAUGUAAAGUUACAGCACAAAUGGGAGACUAAUAUCUGCAUAGAGCAUCUCGGCAGAAUAACUGUGUGCGUAUUUUCAGACAUAGCUAUGCCCUAGACUGAUGUGGUCCUGGAGGGGGGGGGUGGGUUACCCCUUAUGGGAUGCAGGGAAUUAGACCUCUGCAAAGCUGCCUCUACCACUGAAUAUGGAAUAUAAAGGAGCCGUCUUAUCACUAUACACUCUUUUGCAGCUUUUUUUUUUUUUUUAUAGGUUUUUUUUAAGACUGAAACGCUAAUGAAGCCAUAAAGGCACAAUGUCUGGUAAUGCAAAUGUGAUGAAGCAGUGCCACUUGGUUAUUCUUAAGAGUAGUCAAGACAUCGAUUGUUUUUAAGUGUAUUGUUGACCAAGGCCUUGUGACCCUUAUGUUAGAAUAGAUAGAGCUAGGGCUGUAGCCACUGAAGUGCAAUAAUCAUGUUCAUCUUUAACAACCUAUUCAGAUCAAUAGCCAUUAUGAAGGGCUAAUGGCUAUCACACUUUAGCUAAAACCCCAGAUUCUAUCACCCCCGUUUCCUUUGUCAAAAUAUUUCCUGUUUCCCUCUUAUUUACUACACUGCCAUAAACAUGGUUUUGAAUCACACAGCAGCUGCUUUUGAUAUGUAAUGUGUGCAAUUGUAUGUAUGUGUAUAUAUAAAUAUAUGUAAUAGGUAAUAAAUAUAUCUAUAUACACAUACAUAUAUAAAUAGAAAUCUAUAUAUAGAUAUAUACUUUUUAAAAUAAUUUAUAAAUCUUACCAAAACCUGUGCUAAGUAUUCCUUCCAAUAUGGGGCUUGAGCCCCAUAUCAGUAACAAGCAUUCAGGAGUAGCAGUUUUAGAUAAAUGUACAUCAGCAACCAAAACUGAUAUAAUCUUUGUGUUGUUAUCCUCGAUAAAGAUAUACCAUAGUCAAUAAAAUCCGUAUAUCUUUGCAGUUUUCACUUUGUUACUCUUAUAAUAACUUAUUUCUAUGUGAUAUUAAGGACUGAAUGUGAAGUUUAUAGAUAGGCUUGGGUGUAUCUUUUAAGAAUUUUGUAAAAAUGUUUUUUGUCUGUCAUUUUGUUACUGUUAUCAUGGUGCCAAGUAGUUUAUAUACACAUUAAUGAAUUGGGAGGCAUAUCAUAGACGUAGUCUGUUUCUGAUACAAAUACUUUCACAUGGACUUCUACUUUUUAAAAGUUUUAGGAAGGAAAAUCUUUCAGCUGUUUGCUAUUAGUCAUAUCUGUUACCUAAUACUGCGGAUGUGACCCUACCCUAGAAUACAACAUUAAAAGGUGAUUAGAGAGUCUGUUGAUGAAACACAAAUGUUUCUUUUAUUGAUUUCAUUUAGAACACUACCGAGUUCAUGGACUAAGCAAUGGCAUUAGAUUGAUGCUCGAUUUUUUUGGUAUAAAUCACUACGUUCAGAAUGAUUAUGUGUCCACUUACAGAAUUUGUCUUCUGGGCAAUACAAUUUUGGUUUCAGCAGAUUUUGCAGAAACAAAGAAAGAUGCUCCGCCAUGUUAUUUUGCCAUGUCUUUUGUGAUCAAACCGUCAUAAUUGUGUUCAUGUAAAUAAAAGGUCCACUGAUGGUUAUGUCUUAAUCACCUUUAGACAACCCGGGCUCUCUGGUUCCCUGACUUCAAGCAAUAAACUGUUCAUUGUGAAA